AUGGCGCACAACACUCCACCAGUUUACGUGUCCAACACUCGACAAUUGCAAUGUUUUCUAAGCUUAAAGAAAAGCGAACAACUACGUCUCUGUGUGGAGAUUACAGAGAAAAAGGAUGACAGCUCAGACGUAGAAGCUUCAGAAGAAGAAGAAGCUUCAGAAGAAGAAGCUUCAGAAGAAGACGCUUCAGAAGAAGACGCUUCAGAAGAAGAAGCUUUAGAAGAAGAAGCUUUAGAAGUUGAGUCUAUAGAGAAUGGGAGUUACGAUGGUUGCAGUUUGGAGGAUGAACAAGAUGAAAUUGAGAAUGACUGCUUUAGUAACGUUGAAAUACACGACGUAGCCGGAGAAGAUGAAAUAGAUGAUAACUUCAGCACAUACGGUGAGUCUCCUAUCGAAGAAGACGAAGAUUCACCAACGCUACCUUCCAAGAAGAGAUAUCAGAACUUCUUGAUGAGCGAAUCUAAAGGGAAUCUGGAGGUUUUGAAGUUGGAGAUGUCGUCGUUAGACCUUGCGGUAGGACAACGAUACUUGACUAAAAAGCAUUUGAAGAGACGACUGAAACUUUUUACAGUGAGGCAUCAAUUUGAUUUUGAUGUAGAAAUAUCAAACCUGACAACAUACGUUGUUAAGUGUUGGGUUGAUGGAUGUACAUGGAGAGUUCGUGCAUCUACCGAAGGAUUGUCCCCGCAGUUUUAUAUUCGUAUUUACGACUCGGAUCAUGCAUGUUCUGUAACUGAGCGUUCUAAUCGAUCUCGAAAUGCAACACCGGAUAUUUUAGGAGAGUUGUACAAGAACUUUCUCGGCGACGUUGGUCCGGCCGUUCGCCCUGAGAGUGUCGGAAUAGCUAUCACUAAGCAGUUUGGUGUAAAGAUGGAAUAUUGGAAAUCACACCGGACGCUUAAAUGUGCAAGGGAAAUCGAUGAGGGCACACCUGAGUGUGGUUUUGAACUCUUGCCUUCUUACUUAUACAUGAUAAGAAGGGCAAAUCCGAAUACAGUUACGCGUCUUCAAAUCGAUGAGCUUGGAAGAUUCAUGUAUGUGUUUCUUGCGUUUGGUGCGAGCGUUAAUGGGUUUCCUUUCAUGCGCAAAGUUGUUGUCGUCGACGGUACGUUUCUUAAUGGUAAAUAUAAAGGGACGCUACUCACAGCACUAGCUCAGGAUGGUAACUUUCAGAUUUUUCCAAUAGCCUUCGCAGUGGUUGACACUGAAAAUGAUGAUUCGUGGAAUUGGUUUUUUACGCAACUAAAAGUGUUGAUUCCUGACCAGGAGGGUCUUGCGAUAAUAUCAGAUAGGCAUAACUCGAUAGGGAAAGCAAUUACAAAUGUGUAUCCGUUAGCUGCUCGUGGAAUAUGCACCUAUCAUUUGUAUAAAAACAUAUUGGGACGGUACAAAGGAAAAGAUGUAUUUCGGCUGGUGAAGAAAGCGGCGAGAUGUUUUAGAAUGUCUGACUUUGAUAUGAUUUUCGAGGAGAUUGAAGCACUUAAUCCUGAUCUCCACGGCUACCUCGAAAGAGCUGAUGUCAGACUGUGGACACGUGUUUAUUUCCCGGGCGAGAGGUACAAUUUGAUGACUACGAACAUAGCGGAAUCAAUGAACAGAGCAUUAUCGCAUGCUAGAGGUCUUAACAUUGUUCGAAUAUUGGAAUCGAUACGGGUUAUGAUGACCAGAUGGUUUGCUGAACGAAGAGUGGAUGCCAGAUCGCAGUCAACCACACUCACGCGCGGUGUGGAGAAACUAUUACAAGGACGUGUAAGUGCCUCCCGGGAUUGGACGGUUCAAAGGAUUGAUGACCAUCACACUGAAGUUAAAUAUGGCGCUGCUGGCGAGUCUUUGAAUGUUGUUAAUUUGGUUGAGCGAAAGUGCACAUGUCGGCGUUUCGAUGUCGAGAAAAUACCAUGUGUACACGCAAUCGCAGCUGCAGAGGAAAGAAAUGUUUCUCGAAUAUCACUGUGCAGUCCUUACUAUAAAAGCACUUAUUUAGCUAGCGCAUACGCUGAAUCGGUCAUGCCGGUUGACUCAGCGCUACCUGUUCCAGAUAACGUGGCUAACGUACAGUGCUUUCCACCGUUUAUUCGUCAACAACCGGGAAGACCUAAAAAAAUAGGAUGA